GACAGUCUUCUGUAGGAGACGCGGGCCCGGCUCGGCUGUCAGCCGGGCCAGCCAGUCCGGCUAUAGGCAGCUCACCCGGUCCCUAACCGGAUCGACGUAAACCUGGGAGUAGCGCGCGUGAUCUCAACGGUGAGGGGACACCAGUGGUGGCGGGAGACGGGGCUCCGGCGCGGCGGGGAGCGAAUAAAGCGCCGCAACCGGAAGCCUCUUGGGAGCGACAUCGCACCCGGAAGUGUGGCAAGACGGACGUCGCACCCGGAAGUGUGAUGCUACCGCGGCUCGAGAAGUGAUGGUACCCGGCCAAUUGAGAUACGGGGUUAAAACAGGGAUGUGCAGAUGGAGGCUGGAGGAGACACUACUGCCCCAGCCCCUGGGGACGUGGAAGACUUGGAGGACAAUCGGUUUCCCGGUGAACUGGCAGGAGACGGUGGAGGGCUUCACGAGGACCCACCGGAUCCUGGAGACGGGGACCUGGAGGAAACAGAAUCCGAGACAAAGGACCAGCCACCCAGCCUGCUGUCACCACUGCCCCAGUCAGAGGCCCCAUCAUGCACCUAUGGGCUCUGGGAUCCUGCAGUCUCUGAGAAUAGUCCCACAGGUGGCCCCGAGAGUGGCUCUGGGGUCCAGGGUGGGGACCCCAGUGACGAGGACUGGCGCAGCAAGCGGAAGCACGUGUUUGUGCUGAGCGAGGCAGGCAAGCCCAUCUACUCGAGGUACGGCAGUGUGGAGGCGCUGUCGACCACCAUGGGCGUGAUGACAGCCCUCGCGUCCUUCGUGAAGAGUGCAGGAGACGCCAUCCGUGCCAUCUAUGCCGAGGACCACAAGCUGGUGUUCCUACAGCAGGGCCCACUGCUGCUGGUGGCCGUGUCAAGGACUCCGCAGUCAGCAGCCCAGCUGCGGGGGGAGCUGCUGGCUGUGCACGCACAGAUCGUGAGCACGCUGACGCGCGCAAGCGUGGCCCGCAUCUUCGCACGCAAGCAGAACUACGACCUCCGCCGCCUGCUGGCCGGUUCCGAGCGCACGCUGGACCGGCUUCUGGACAGUGUGGAGCGGGACCCCGGUGCCCUGCUCCUGGGCGCUGUGCGCUGUGUGCCCCUGGCGCGCCCCCUGCGGGAAGCGCUGGGCGCCCUGCUGCGACGCUGCACGGCACCCGGCCUGGCGCUGUCAGUGCUGGCCAUCGGAGGGCGACUGGUGACGGCAGCUCAGGAGCGGACCGUGCUGGCCGAGUGCCGCCUGGACCCAGCCGACCUGCAAUUGCUGCUCGACUGGGUGGGGGCACCGGCCUUUGCGGCAGGAGAGGCAUGGGCACCUGUGUGCCUGCCCCGCUUCAACCCCGAUGGCUUCUUCUAUGCCUACGUGGCUCGCCUGGAUGCCAUGCCUGUCUGCCUGCUGUUGCUUGGCACCGACCCCGAGGCCUUCCAUGACAUGGCCACCUGCCGGCGCCUGGUGGAAGAGGGCAUGCACACCCUCGGGGCCAUGCGCGCCCUCCGGGAGGCUGCCAGCUUCCCUAAUGCCCCAUCGAGCAGUGCCCCUGCCUACAGCGUGCAGGCUGUGGGGGCUCCCGGCCUCCGACACUUCCUCUAUAAGCCGCUGGAUAUCCCCGACCAUCACCGCCAGCUGCCUCAGUUUACCAGCCCUGAGCUGGAGGCCCCGUACAGCAGGGAGGAGGAACGGCAGCGCCUGUCGGACCUAUACCACCGCCUGCACGCGCGCCUCCACAGCCCCUCCAGACCCCUGCGCCUCAUUUACCACGUGGCCGAGAGGGAGACGCUGCUGGCCUGGGUGACUUCCAAAUUUGAACUCUAUACCUGCCUCAGCCCCCUGGUGACAAAGGCAGGUGCCAUCCUGGUAGUGACCAAACUCCUGCGCUGGGUGAAGAAAGAAGAGGAUCGACUCUUCAUUCGUUACCCACCCAAGUACUCCACACCCCCGGCGGCCCCAGCGGCCUCUACAGACCAACCUUCUCAUAAUGGCUUGUUCACUGGACCUUGAGAGGCCGCUAGAUUGAGCAGUGCUGGGAACCACCGCCUUUAGCUUUACCUUCUGUCUCCACCCCGGAAACGGGACGCAGGAGGGGCAGGGGCGAGGCUGCUUCCCCACGCACCUCCACCUCUGGGGGAAAUCCUUGGGCCUCCCUCUCCCUCACCUCCUCCUCUUGGAUGAUGUUCUAGCCUCUGUUAGGGGCUGUCUCCUCCACCACACCCCCUGUCCUGCAUCAGGAGUCAGCCACCUUGAUGGGCUCUUAGGCCUGAGUGUCCAGGGCUGGCCAAGGUCCCUAUGGGGGGGCCGCAGGAGCUAUGGGAUUGGGAAUGCAGUGCCAGCCUGUGACUAGAACCAGCCUGGGGAUAUUUUAAAGAAAAAACCGUACACAAAAGGCCCCAAAGCAAUUCCCACAAAGACAUUCCUUUGCCCUUCACAUACUUCAUUUUUACCCUGUCAAAAGUGGCCCCCAUCAAUUUAGCUGCCGCUGCUAUUAAUGAGAAGGCAGCCUCCAGGGCCUAUCUGGCCGUGUAACCCAGGCAGAGCACCCGGCUUCGCACAUGGCUGAGAUCCAGACUUUUUACACAGGAGGUGCGCCUGGCUCCCAAGGCUCGUUGUACCCUCGGUGAAGCGGAGGAAACAUCGCCUAGGCUGUUACAGGAGGAUCUGUAAACGGAAGGGGACUCGAAUUCUUGUGUACCACCGCACAGCACAAGUAUACGUGUCCCAGACUUUCACAACCUGCACAACACAGCAACCCAGGGAGGGAAAGCCCUCCCUGGAGUUUGUAGGUGUGCACAGCACCCAUUCCUCAGCCGAACCAAGACCCAGUUGCGCUCUAGCUCUGCCUACGCGGGAGUUGGCGGGCCUCGGGGUGUACGCAUGCGCGCUGUCAGUCAGGGGCUCUGGCCGGCGCUUGGCUGGAGCUGCCCCUUCAUUGCUCCUAUACCCGGGUCAACUGACCAGCCGACACGCACUACACGCAUGCGCGCCGCAGAGCCUGUAACCCUCGCGUAGGUUGUUUCGUUUUGUUUUGUUAAAACCAAUCCUCGUCCCAGGCGCCCGCAAGCUCAAGCCCAGCAGUGGAAAAUGGCGGGGAAGGUAGAGCCUUUGGCGAUGGAGCCGCCGGAAGUUGUGGAGGAGAGCGAGGAGGCCGAAGGUAGGGAGGGCGAGCAGGCCCCUCCCCCACCAGGGCAGAAGGGAGGGAGGCUUUGUCCCCUAAUAAUAACGAAAUAUUAAUAGCGAUACUAAAAAAGUAAAAAUGUAAGCUUUUUAUUAAAAAAAAAAAAACUUCAUCAAAGGGGAGACAACUAACACGCAUAUUCUCAAUCUACAUGAACUCCUGUCCACUUUGUUGGGUACCCUGAUUUAAAUGUUUGGAACAAACAAUAGACUAUAUAUUUCAGUACGCAUCUCUUUAAACAAAAAAUAUGGAGGUGGAUGUUGUUACAAAAAUCACCCAGCCGCUGCCACACCGAAGAAAAUCCACAAUAAUUCCCCAGUGUCAUUUCACACCCAGCCCAUGCCCCAUUUCGCAUGGACUCUUAAGUCUUCAUGGAGAAUGGCUUCUCCCAAUGACAGCUUCUUUUCUCCGCGGCAUUUUGUCAGUAAUGACACCCCACACCCUAGUGUGGUGGGAAAUACUGCCCUAGAAAUCAUCAGAAAUCGCAGUGUAGCCGGAAGAAGAAAAUCUCCCAAGAUGGUGAGCCGCCACUAUCCCGCUAACAUUUUUUUUUGUUACAGACGUUUUCGGAAUAUACACAAGUACAGCAAAUAACACGGUGAAGGCCCAUGUACCCAUCACUCUUGUUUCAAAAGUCGACUUUCUGCUCUCCUCUGACCUGUCGCUCUCCCCGUUUCUGUACAUUCUUCAAACCGUUAUGUUAGUAACAUGUUGGAUUGCAUCUUUCCAGAUCUAUCUAUGCAGACAUCAUCAAUAAUUGUGAUUGUUCAGCUGUUUAUUGUUAUUUCUCCAGCACCUAAAACAAGGCCUGCUUGGCAUAUAGUAGGUGCUCGGUAAUUUUCUUUUUUGUAACGUAUGGAUAAUUAAUAACUGUAACAGGAAGAGCCCUCUUAAAUAAGGGCUACAUGUGGAGGGCCGGCUUUCAGCAAAGAACAGACAGAAAUAAGAAAGCUGAAAAUAGAUCUCAUGUAUUGAGCAGUUAUGGUAGCACUUAGGAUAGUAACAACUGUGCUGAGAACUAUUUUAGUAUCAAGCUUUCAAAUUAGUCAAAAUUGAAGUUAUUAACUUCACCAGCAAUGGAGAAAAUUGAAAAGCAUAUCAACUUAUCGUUCUAGCUCACUGAAAAUGGCUUUAAAAAGAAAGAGAUAAAUCUAGCAUUGAUUACUCUAUGGGGAAACAGCCUGUCUCUUGCUUCACUCAGAGAACUGACCAGUAAAGACUUUGCUAGAAGCAGUUUGGAAGAAUACGUUUAGCAUCUAAAAUGCUAUUCCAUAUCUUUAGUCACCGUGCUCAGCAAUCAGCAUAUGCAGAUGUGUGGACCACAAAGGAUCAUUGGAGUGUUAUGGAUGGAAGAAAACACAUGGAGCAAUCAGGGGAAUGGCUGGGUUUAGAUAUAUUCUUGGAUAUUGUGGAAUGCUUGAGUGGUGGACAUGAUUUUAAGCAAUAGGGGAAAAAAAUCUGAUUUAAUUUCAGAUACUUAACAAUUGAUUUUAAAGGCAUAAGAUCAUGGUUUAUUGACAUAGAAUGAGCUCCAAAGGUGAUCAUAGUUUUAUGAGAGAAAAGCAAGUUGGGAUCUAGAAAAACAAAGAGGGGCAGUGUUGACAAGAGCCCUAUGUAUGUUGCACAGAACAAUAUCUGAAGCUAAAGGACUAACUAAUGACUGUCACAAGGGUAUAGGUUUUUAAGAGUGCACAAAGGUGGAGGUGCUUUGUGAUAUUUUUUUUCUUUUAUUUGUCUUUCAGGAAAACGUAUUCUAUAAUUUUAAAAUAUAAGAGAAAGAGGGAAAUUUUUUAAUGGCAUCUAAGGGUCAUAUAUUGAUAUUGAGCGAUGUUAACAUCCCAGUUUUGAUGGUUAUACUGUGGUUACCUGUGGUUAGAAUCCCCUUGUGUCUAGGAAAUAUACACUGGAAUAUUAAGGAAUAAUGGGCCACAAUGCCUGCAAUUUAUGUUACAGAAAUGCUCACAAAUGGGAAAUCUGAUACAAAGGCAAAUAGGAGCAUUGGGGCCUUUUCUACCACUUUUAUGUACAUCUGAAAUUAUUUCAAAAUAAAAUGUUAAAAGGGA